AUCUCAGGAUUGCAUGUAUCUCCAAUACUGUAAAGUGUGUCAGUCUUAUAAGGCACCACGUUCACACCACUGUCGAAAGUGUAACAGAUGUGUCAUGAAGAUGGAUCACCAUUGUCCUUGGAUCAACAACUGUUGUGGAUACCAGAAUCAUGCAUCUUUCACUCUGUUUCUCCUCUUAGCUCCACUGGGAUGCAUUCAUGCUUCUUUCAUAUUUGUUAUGACUAUGUACACUCAGCUUUACAACAGAAUAUCUUUUGGGUGGAGUUCUGUGAAGAUUGACAUGAGUGCAGCCAAAAGAGACCCUCGACCCAUUAUUCCCUUUGGACUGUCUGCAUUUGCUGCAUCUUUAUUUGCCUUAGGACUGGCAUUAGGAACAACUAUUGCUGUUGGUAUGCUGUUUAUUAUCCAGAUGAAAGUAAUUUUGACAAAUAAAACUUCAAUCGAGUCCUGGAUUGAAGAAAAGGCCAAAGACAGAAUCCAGUACUACCAAACGGGUGAGACCUUUAUUUUUCCCUAUGACACGGGAAGUAAAUGGAAGAACUUCAAGCAAGUGUUUACAUGGUCUGGGAUUCCUGAGGGAGAUGGCCUGGAUUGGCCAGUAAGAGAUGGCUGUCAUCAAUACAGUUUGACAAUAGAGCAACUGAAACAGAAAGCAGACAAGCGAGUAAGAAGCGUGCGGUAUCGAGCAGUAGAAGAUUACAGUGGUGUCUGCUGUCCUGUGACUAAAGGUGUUGAAACAUUCUUCACAACACCAUGCACUGAAGAACCUAGAAUUGCACUAAGUAAAGGGGAUCUGAUUUUAGCCACAAGAGGCUUAAAACACUGGAUGUAUGGUGAGAAGAUUCUCGACUCAGCUGCUGAUGGUAUGAAGCAGUUAUUUUCACUUUUGCUGUUGAAAAUUACAAAUCAAUUUUGUAGCUGUCUAGAAAUGUGGACAAUAUCACAUGUUCAGUUCUCAAAAUGUAUAAUGACUGACCUUAUUGGCAUUGGCUUCUCUCCCCUUUAAAACCACAUCCACAGUUUUUACUCAUUACAUCUGGUAGACUUGCCAGUUUUGAUAAACAUUAAAUGAAUCCGUCAGACUGAAAGAACACUCAUCUAGUAGUUUAUUGAAGGUUGAGUGGGAAGGGGGACACUACUUCAUAUUCUAAGAAAAAGUUAGCCUUUUAGACUCUAAAGAGGUUAAUGAUAUCUUUUUUUUUUUGAUAUUUAAAUAGUGGUCUUUCUUAAACACAUUCAGAUUUCCUACCUAAACACUUUAUAUACAUAUAAGGCCUGGGAUUACUCUUUGUACAUCUUAAAAACAAGGAGACAUUAUGUCUUUGGUUUGGGAUCAUUUCCAAGGACUUUGACAUGCAUUAACGAAACUAACAAUUACAGCUAUCAAAAAUGUUAAAGACUCCUGCUGGUCUGCAGAGAGACAACAUCACAGCCACCUGCAUUGAAAUUUUUACAUUUUUUACUUUAGCCCUCAGCUAAAAUCUUACCUGCCAGACGGGGCAUUGGAUUCUGUUGUCUCUUCCAAACAAUUGUUAAUUCAUUGCAUGUACAUUCCGUGUUGGCAAAAGAGAGGCAGCCAACAGUCACUACGUUGGAAGUGUCCAUGCUUUUCAUGGGAGGUCUGAGACCUUCAUGGACUAGAAGUGCUUCGGCAGCUCACUCCAAUGAACUCUUUCAAACAUCAAACCUAAAUGAGUCAUUGAAAUGAGCAUGGUAAUAGUUUGUAUUGCGUUGCUUAUUAUGAAGAUUAGCAGGAGAUAUCUGUGCUAUAUCAAAUGUUUUUUUUAAAACGGGUGAAAUGUGGUCUGGGUGGGGAACUUGGUGUAUACUGAGAGGCUGGAUUAGAAUUCAAAAUAACAUUGGCAUUUUGGAGAACUAGGCUUCAAAAAAAGGAUGAGGUGUUAAGAGCGUAUAGCAAAAUGCUACACAUAGGCAGGAAUAACAAGCUGCA